GCCGCUGGCCAAAGUGCCCAACAGCACAACAAAACAAAACACACAACAACUCACAGCGGCGCAGCAGCAGCCAACGAUGCACAAAAUCAAGCCUUUCAUACGUUGGCACGGCAAAUGCCACUGCUGCUGCACCUCGAACUUUUCAACGAUAAUGAUGCGCUAUGAAUGAUUGAAUCGUAACGGCAGCAACAACGACCACACUACAAAUGAUACUGCCACUCGCCACGGCAGACGUGGCGGCAACAACUAUACACUCGACAGCACUUCCUUCCUUCCGCUGGCCGCUUUGCGCAUUUCAAAUUGCUGUUGAGCAAACUUCGUCUAUGUCAUUACAACAAAUAUUGGUAGUUCAAAAUAAUACGCCGAAGUUAUUCAAUUUAAUUAUGCUGCUUACAUGCGGCAUGCAACGAUUGCCACCAUGUUGUGGCACGAGCGAUUGGCUGUGCAUGUGACAUUGGCGGUGCUGAAGUGCUGAAGAUGCCGGCGUCGCCGCCAGUUACUGCUGUGACGUCUUCGUUGCUGAUAACAUACCGUUAAUACCACAUUGCCUGACGACGUUGAUGCCACAAGGGGUGCUGCCACUGCGUAUGCGUGUGGGGGAUAUAUCAUACAAGGAUUUGCACGAUAGUGAAUGCAUUUACGAGUCCCAAUUUUUGGAUGAACUUUUGCAAUUGAUCAGCAACGAUGAUUUUCGUGUCAGAGAAAAUGCCGCUCUUUGUCUGUGCCGCUUCAUCAUACAAAAUGCAAAACGCAAGCAACAGCAACAACAACAACAACAACUAUAUUCCAACCACCAAAUACUCACCUCGUCGAAUAAAAUUGAAUACUCGGGCGUUGCGCCUUUCGGUUUUGGUUUUGAUGUUGCUGCUUGCCCUGCGGUUGGCGCUGCUACGUCUGCUGACGACAAAUCGGUCUCGCCGGCCACCUAUGAGACUAAUUUCAAUUUGCUCUGGGACUUUUUCGACUAUCGUCUGUUUAGCGGUCUGCCAUUGCCGUUACGUAAUUUAUUCAGAGCCACGUCAGCGCCAACAUUGCUCGCGACUACAACUGCCACAGAAGUCACAACAGCAGCAUCGUCGUUGUCGUUGCAUAGUAACGGUGAUUUUUCAGAUGCGCUGCCACAACGUUAUCACGCGGAAGAGGAGAAAUUGUUGGCCAAAGUUUUGUAUCGCAUGACAAAUAAACUGAUGGAGCUUGAGGAUAAAAAUGCACAGUUCGGCAUAAUUUACACAUUGAAAAUGUUGCUACAAGAUUUCAAUUUCAUUGAUUAUCAACGUGCAUGGAUGGAAUUUAAUUUCAUUGAAAUCUGCCAGAAAUUCUCCUACUACAAUUAUGCCACGGCCGUGGACUUGACUUGCCAGAAUGAUUUGAUUGAUGUUACCGGCAAACUAAUGGCAGGUUACAUGCUCGCUUCUACGCUAACCGCUGAUCAACCGGAACGCUCCCUGCAAUUACAAUUGGAUCAACUAUUAGUGCACGUCAUGAAGAUACUUAACAUCUACUAUCAUUUGAUUACGCAACAGAAGCCCCAACUAUUUGUGAAAGUGCAGAAAAGUGAUCUGUUCGCCAAUGCGAAAGAAUUGGCGCUAGUGCAGAGCGUCGGAUAUUUCGGCAGCGAUUACAUUUAUAUAAAACUUUACAACAUUUUAAGAAGUGCUAAUGACAGCUACAAGAUAACGAUAAAUCAAGAAUCCGGCAGGUUAUUAAUUUCGCUACUCCGGACGUGCCUCAACACUUUGGGCUUGUGCAUUGAAUUGCGCUCACAUACCACACCAACACCCGCUGCCACGCCCACCGGCCAUACUCCCAGCCAUGGGCGGCAGCGCGGCUACAGCCCGGGUAGCAGUGGCGCGGAUAUUGCGUCCAACAUUGGACCUGGCGGCGGCAGCGGUGCUACGGCAGUCUUCCCAACCAACGCCACUCUAACAUUAAUUGAAGAAAUUCUCCAAUAUUUGAGCAAGCUCGUAAAUUAUGCGCCCGGCGAGUGCAUCGCAUGUCUGCGGCAACUGUUGAAAUAUUUAUUUGGCCAAAAUUAUGGCAACCAGCAGCGAGACUAUUAUGCCACAUUCAUAAGACCGUAUUUUGUGGUGCGCAGCAAAGGACAACAGCUGCAACUACACCUACAGCAACAGCAACAGCAGCAGCAGCGGCGGAGUCCGCAGAAACAACAAAAAUGGCCAACAUACAACAAACAACAACAGCAACAAACGCAGCAGGGAAGUAGCCGUAGAGGAAGCAACAGCAGCAGCAGUAAGUUUACGCAAGCCAGUGGCGAUCACCAACAGGCAAUGACCAUGUUGCAUGCCAUAAAUUCCAAUGCGGCAACAACAUUGGCUUCCACGGACGCAGCGGGUGGAGUUCCGAGUUCAAUGGCAACAACAAGUGAUGGCUCAACCAGCGCGCCAAAGAGCGCGGCGGGCGAUGGUUUGUCGACCCCGACAAUGACUACGUCAACUGUCAGACACAAUGAGCUAAAUGUAAUUGGUGCACAAGCAAAAGCGACUUAUGCCAACCGUGGUCAGGCGCUCAUUGACUCCGGUCAUGCCAGAGGCUGCGUGAGUGGCACAGCUGUUGCAGCUAGUGGCAACGACCACAAUCAACCGCACUUGUCGGCUACGGAGUAUUAUCGCUUGAUGGGCGAAUUAUUUGCGAGCGGCCUAAAUUUGCAAGCUGCCAAGUCGGAGCGUGUCGGUGACUGUGUCAAGCAUAUUAAACUGUUUGAGCCGCUAGUUAUCUAUUGUCUCAUGCUUUUCCUCAAAUCGAAUGCACGUGUCCAGGCGCCCAUAUUGGAGUUGUUGUCGCAGUUGCUGGAACUCAAUGUCACUUACAGUGUGUUGGACUCGAAAAAUGUAAUAUUUGAUCAGAUUUUAAACAAUUUGGAUUUAAUUGAAAAUAGCAUUGUCAGAAAUGGUCCGAUCAUCAUUCCGCCAAUGAUUAAAUUCCUCAUACAGUUGACACACAAGAGUGAUCGCAAACUUAUAACCAUACCGAAAAUCAUUAGCAUCACCAACAAUUUGCUGGCCAACAAUGCAGUGCUCGACUGUGCUGUUCUAGCGCUCAAAUCGCUCUCAUACGAGAUCUUCUUCAUGCCGCCCGUGGGUGGCAGCGCCGCACUCAACACGCUCGCCGACUAUCGGGCACCCUUCCAAAGUCCUGUCACACGUUCGCCGGUACAACAACGUCGUCACGCGGCUGAGGAGUCAGCCGCCGCUGCUGCCGCUGCUGAAGCGCUGUUGGCGAAUAGUCGCGAGUUGGAUACACAGAAGGAAGUUGUGUUGGGCAUGUUGGAGAAAUUCGUGGAUGCCACUGAGUUGCAGCAUGUUGUGGCUUUGUUGUUGUUGCGCGAACGUUGCGCCCAGCAAAUGGACGGUGGUGAUUUAGCACGACGCAUGGAAAUCGAUGAUGCCUCUGCGGUGGAGCGACAGAAAAGCAGUUGCAUUUUGGAAUCGACACGACUGCAAGAUCCCGGUGUGGUUUAUGUGCUGAUUUGCCGCGCCAUGUGCGACGGACGCUUGGGCGUACACAACUGGCGUGAUUUUUACACAUUGGAGUCGUGUUUCAAGAAUUAUAGCAAGUAUGUGCUGGCGGAUAGCAAGAAUUUUCUCGCAUUGUUGAAACUAUUCUUAACGGAGGGCGUGGAGAACUUUUCCGCCUUGGCGCAUGCAACGAUCAUACUGGCGAAUGUAAUUCUUAAAACUGAGGAAAUUUAUUUAGUAAAUCACAUCAAACUUUAUUUGAAAAACCAUCCGGCGGUGGCAGAGCAGGAGCGCGAACGCGCGCACAAACAACGCAUCGAGCAGCAGCAGCAACAACAGCAGCUUGCGGCGCUCUGGCUGUUGGACGGCCCAUCGACAUCUUCAGCAGCGGCGCGUGCAGCCGCCACCGCCCUCAACGCCACAGUAGCCGAAGCGAAUGCGGCGUCGGGUGGUGGCAUAAGUGAAAUUAACUAUUUCGCAAAAGUUUUAUGCGAGAAGCUGGAACAUUGCUUUGACGCUGUAGCUGGCGCUGGCACUGACAACGUGCCGCCCUGUGACGAUUUGGCCUACUGUCAGUUGGUGUGCCGUUUCGUUGCCGCUUUACAUGACGUCUGCUGUCGGUCGCGUCACAAGGACGCGCUGCAAUCAGUUUUCCGUUUGGUCCUGGCCGAAUCGGCAUUGCUCGAUAAGUACUGUAAUUUCCUGACGAUGGAUCAGUGGCGAAAGAGUACGGAUGCCGACGGGCACGUGGGUGCAGAUGCUGGCAACGAUGGUCAUGACACAAGCGUUGUUACGUAUAAAUGUUGUACGACGAUGCUGGUGGGGCAGGCGCUGCAGCUGCAGCUGGAAGUCUUGAAACUUUUGUCGGCCAUGAAAUUGUUAGAUCCGGUGGUGAUGUUGCAAUUGCUAAAGCAACAAAAACAAAACGCAUUACAACAACUAAAACAACAGCAGCAGCAUGCGCAGCAAAUGGCAACAAAUAAAGAGCGACUGAAGUGGUACGACAACAUGCAGCGGACACUUUUGAGUGAAAUUUGCCAGCAAAAUCCGAAUCCGCGCGACUGGUCAAUGCAACAAGUGCACCAACUGCUGGAGUUGGGCGGCGCAACCUUUUUGAAUUUCCUAAUUACGGAGAAUUUCGAAUUAAUCAGCGAUUUGUGUGAAAUGGCCGCCGCGCAGACAGCCGCGCAAGCGACGCGCGAAGCCGCUGUCGAGUUGGACGCAUUAUGGUUGAAUGCGCUGCUGCAACAUGCCAGCGCGCUCAACAAGCACUCGAUCCGCGCGCUUCCGCCUCUACUGCUGCGCUUAUGCAACGCCACAAGGACCUCCGUUACCGGUUGUAAUCUCCAAAUAGCUCUACUUAGCUUACAAUUAUUGCAGCGCUUACACACACGCAACAACAAUGCGCGCGCUUUGCAAGUGCGUUUGGAGCGUUUAGCGCGCCGCCUUGUAUUAAGCUGCAGCGCGGCGCCACUACAGCGUCAGCAGUUAUUACAGCAAUUGACAGAAUUGGCUGGGGCUCGCAUAACGGCCACUGGCAGCAGCUCAUCAACGACUUUCUGGCAGCAGUUGUUGUUGGACACUCAAGAAUGCAAACUGGCUGCUCAACCAUUAGCAUCGCUGGCGAAGGAGCAACAGCUUCAGCAGCGCAUAAUUGACGAGAAGUGGCUGUUGAGCCAG